AUGUCCUCACCAAACCGAUCUGCUGCUGUUUCGUUAGAUGUGGACUUGCACCGUGAGCAAAAAGCGCUCGAGGUACUCGAUCGAACACCGCAAGAUCUGCGCGGAAACAGCAGACCAUUUGGGGACAUUACCGAUACUGCUUGCAGGAGCCUUCAGGCAAACACUGCCUGCAAUUCCUACAUCGGCAACAGCGGACGAAACAAAUGCCAGCCUGAAAUUCUCUUCUUUGUGGCGCCAAAUCCAGAUGGUGGAACUAACUACAAAUAUGUUUGUCCAGCUGCAAACCACCGAUCAGCUGAGGUAUUCUCACAGUAAUUGCUGGCAUUGGGGAAUGCAACGGUGCCCGCUGAUCCGACUUCAGGAAGGAUUUCCCUACGUCUAAGCUUCGGCAGUUUAGUGUCCUCAAAAGAAGAAUUGGCUGAAAAUGUGUUUCCCACUAUUCAGACCACUUUCGCCAAUCACGACUGAUUGAGCGCACGAGCAAUUCUUGCGGCCAAGAACAAACACGUGUACCAUCUUAACCACAUUAUUCAGCCUAAGAUUCAAAGCCAGGCAGUCACAUACACGUCCGUUGACACUGUCUUGGAAGCAGACGAGGCAGGUUAAUUAUCCAACAGAGAUUCUGAAUUCACCUGAACCACAGCAACGCGUGUCGGGGUCCAGCUGUUAUAUAAUAGCUUGGAAUAGCUGAUGUCCAGGGUAAGAGAUUAUCAAAAGGUCCGUUAAAACAUAGUUGCCUCUUUUGGAAGUUUCAGACGGACAACUCAAGCCAUGGGAUUUCUUAUGGCCUUAAUCUCCCAUUGAAAGUCUUGCGGCGUUAUUCUGUUCGAUAUGACAUUAAGGAUGUCUCUGCCAGAAGGCCUGAAUAACUGGCGAAGAUACAGCAAACGGUAGGCAUUGUCGAUAAUGAACCAGAAAUGUGAGUAAUUAGAUGUAAUCUACCGUUGUAUUUUCACAUAAAAUUAUCAUUUUUUGUUAGUUGUAGCGGUAGGAUCUUUGCCACUCAUUUGUUUUAACCAGCCACCACCACGUCCAUGCGUUUAUGUUUUGGUUUAUCGGUUGCACUCCUCUCAGGUUUUAUCCGCAUGCUGUGUAGAUAGACGAUAUACAUUAGAAAGGGUAGGUAUUGCACAUGUGCAGGGACAAAUGAAUGCAGUCUUCUUUUGUAUAUAUAUGACGUAUUCCGCAAUACAAUUUUAUGAUUUUAUUAACGAUCACUGUCUAGCUGUUGGUUGCCGGAGACCUUAUUACAUAUGUAAUAAAGGAAAUAUUUCCUUUAGUUCAGUAUAUUCUAAAAGUAAUAAGCGAUGCUUUUGUAAACCCUAUUGAAAACGGUACAUGCAAUAUCUAGCUUAGAUAAACACGGUACUAAAAUGGUGCCAAUGAUAUAUACAUUCAACAGGAUAUUGUCUUUAGAAAUGCAGGACCGUAACUUGAUCGAGAACCCUCGAUUGUUCUCGUCAUAGCCCUGUGCACAGCCCCGCCCAUAUCGGUCAUAGCCCCUUCUGGCCCCGGGGGCUUGACGGGUCCGGACAGAGCUGGAGCUAGCUGGGCCAGUUGUAGGUGAUAACGACAAAGUGUAAUGACAACCAUCCGCAUUAGCGGUAGGUGUAUGCAAGGCGUUGGUUUGGUAUAACAGAACUGUUCUGUCCAGACAAGAGGCACUUUCCAAGCAAAUAUACAUCUAGUCCUUGUUUAAAUGUCCUCGUGGACUCCGCCAUUAUUACGUCACCGAGAGGCCCGUUCUAGGCACCGACGACUCGCCGUGAAAAAGAGUACCUGCGAACGUCCAGAUGGCAUCGGGAUCCUCGCAGUUUACGAGAGUUCCCACGCAGGUUUGUUGUUGUGGCCAAGAUGAAAAAUCAUUGAGGUGUAGGGCACAAUCCCGGUUCCUCAAAAUCCGGUACGCCUUUAUGAGAUCUCCCGGGAUCUGCCGGUACUCAAGAGGAAAUAGGUUAAGGCCAUUAAGUCUGCAGUUGCAAGGUAAAGUCUUAAGGCCUUUCGCAAUUUUGACACGGGCCAUGCGCCUUUUUGAUGGCAUUUUUGAAUGCUUCUCCCAGUUUCUGCCUAUCGAACUUAUUGUCCGAAUUCCACCUGUUGAAGGAAUUUGAAACAAAUUGCUUUAAGUACACAGGACAGAAGCCUUGCCAGGAUAACAUCAAAGGGGGGAGGACCAAAUUUGGUUCGCGGAUCCCUUCCCGUAGGUCGGUUUUAUGUAUAAUUACGCACGGAAAGUGGUGUUUUUGCUUAUAUAGUAAUAUUAAUAAGAUGAUAUCUCAUUUACGACUAUUAUACCGUAUAAAGAGGUGUAUUUACUAAAGAUCAUCUGUGGCAAGUUGGCAUGACUAGGCCUUUUGACCCUUUUUAUGUGGGCGGUCAUGUGCCUUCUUAAGGACAUUUUUAAACCCCUCAAACUUCUGACAGUCGGACCGCCGGGCGUUAUUUUAACGUUAUAGUUUCUCCAUAUAUAUAAGGCGCCAGCCUUACCAGGACUGCCGCGUAUGUGGUAGAUCCGUAUACGCUACAUGUUGUGUUCUUGCCUUGAAAAUCUAUGCAAGAAAAGUUGCCAUGCUGUCGCCACCGAAGUAGGACUAGUUGGAAAUCUGCGCAUUGCAGUUACGUUUGGUGGAACAUUUACCACACACUACACAUAUCUGGUCACCGCAAGCGCAUCUGGAAAUUGAUCGAAAUCAACUGAAGUCACAAUCUGAUGGAUAAGAGGCUCGCCUGUUACGUCUACUGAUUCAGAAGAAUUUGCAAGCAGCGGCAUGUCGGGCUUAGUGGCCAUUAUUUGCAUUGCGAGAUUGGACAUAUUCGGCAACAUCUGGCCCAAUCUGACGACUAGUAUAACGUUCGCCUUGGAAUCCAGAAACUACAGGAAAUCACCCCUCUAUUCCAUCGUCCCACGCGAAUUUUGUCCACUGUGGCAUGACAACCGGAUUUUUUGGCGACUUGGGGCCAUGAUCUACGCGUUUUGGCUGGAUUUAUCGAGGACUAGUGACGCCGAGGGGUGCAUACUAGUAGAUUGACGCGUACUGGUAAAAUCCUGUUCUCCUCCUCACGUGUCUAAAGGUUCGCCUCUCCUCCGUGCCCAUAACGCCCGAGUCUCGAGAAAUUACGUAUACCAAACAAAACCAAGACUCGGGGCACACGACUCCUGUGUCGCCAUGCAACCUUAGUCAACAAAGGGGACAUUAGGACAUGGCCACCCUUUAAGUCCCCAGUUUGCGAGGCAGCCGAGAUUAUUCAAAAAUCCACCCACCGACUCCGCAACGGCUUUAUCAGCGUAAAACCUUGCAUCUUUCUGCCCAGACAAGCUGAAGUAGUAGUACUCUCACCAUAUUAAAAUUACUGACACGUCGGCUAGAGAGGCCCGCUAGCGCUGCUCGUCCGAAUUUUCUCUGUAAAGCAGGCCACAAAUGUUGGCGACUCCCAGAAAUUUUAUUACCCUCUUCGCUGAGCUAGUUAUGGUUGGCCUACAUUGCGUAACACUGCUCGCGAUGUGAACGGCGACCUUCUUAUUGACAGUUCGGCCAAGGCCAAGCGUUGAUGUCAGGUCCUUCUUAACUUUGAUGACUGCUUUUAUCUCGUCACUGGUAGAACUUCGCUUUCCGUUAGCGCCGUAGAAUUCCCUCCUGGAGGACAUUGGCGACGCAACGUUGAGCCUCUGCAACGCCAAGGUUCCCCUGGAGAACAUGAUUCCACUCACAGUCAGUAAGUCUCGUGUCAGCACUGACAUCCUGACUCCAAGAAGUGAUUGAAGAAGCACGGAAAUAUGAGAUCGUUUCCAGUGAAUGAGUAUCUGUCAUCUUUGUGCCUGUCUUUAAGAAGGAAGGUGACAUGAAGUGCGGGAAGUACCACUGUGUCUCUCGUCAGUAUUGACACAUAGGUCAUUGCCCUAAUUAAUUUCAACCACUUCAUUGUGCGUAAUUCACAGACGAGGCUAGGUCAGACCGGACUCCAGCUGGAUGUGGAUAUAUCAACUGAAUAUUCACACGGGCGCAUCACGGAGUAAUGCCAGAGCCACCAGCAACGGGAUGUCGUAUGCUCCCUCCGUUCAUCACGUUUCCCAAUGAUGCUGAUGAGGGUAGACGGUAUGCCGACAAAGACCAUCGCCGUCGUCUGGGCCCUCCAUAGCCUCACCACUGCGCGAUUUUUUCUCCACAAUCUAUCCCAGUCAUAGGAUAUUAGAUCCGGUGUCCGACAAGACUGAAUCUUAUCGUCCAACCAGUUAGCAUUUAUCAGGCAACGAAUGAUCUUCAACGAUGCGGUCGUCCAGUAUUUAGGUUUGUUGUACCAGUCUGCAUGACAAACAGUGACGGGCCUCCCUGUGGCCUGAAAGGUGUUUGGCUCAGCUGACAGUUAGAAUGGGCAAUGCUAUUUAAUGCUUCCUACAACCACUCACUUCUACUAGUACCAUUCUUCUCGCUCCACUAUCCUCCUGCUGUUGCAUCCCCACAAUCUUUCGCUUUUGAUUUGUAUGCCUUCCAUGGGGCUGGCCAGAAUUUCCCUUCAGAUCUCUACACUUAACAGUCAAUUCAUUUUUCCAUCCUAAACGUCCCGUUCAACGCUCGUGCAUGUAUAUAGUCGUUUCCAUCCAACGUUGAUAACUCAACAAGAGCUACCGUGAACUGCGUCAGAACACUUACCUUAGACAUUUUCUGACCUCUAACUAUUUCCGCGGCCAGUUUUUAUGUUGCCAUAAAAACAUGCUUGCGUAAAUACAUCAUUAUGAUUCCCGGAGAAUGUUUUUACAGAAGUGUAAACUACGCGAAACGUGGGACCCAACUCGACUGCGCUUACGGGCAUUUUCCCUCUUAACCCGAUUAACAGAAGGCAACUUUAUAUGAUAUCGGAAAUGCAUUCCACUCAGUGCAUAUCUUUCGGUUCCCGCUUACACUGUUUUUCUUGUCUAGUCUGUCAUCACUCAUGUUGCAACAAAUUAAACUCUCACCUAAGAACUUCGUUUUCGCCUUCAAGUCUAUCAACAGCGAGGUAGGAUUGUCUGUUUUGCCUUUUCCUCACACCAGUUUGACUCACUCCUCAAAAAAACUUGGAAAGCUGCUGCAGAUGCCGGCUUUAUGAACUACAGUGUCCCUACUACGCCCUCAGUUACACCAUGUAAUGUCAAGGGCGCCCCCUUCAUAAUAUUGGUUAGUUGCCUUCCGUUGUUAAUUUCCAUUCUUCGACUCAGACUCUUCCAAGUCGUUUUACUUCCCGAAGAAAACCCACAGUCCCACAAAGGAUUGAUGAACAGCUGUCACCCGAUGGCUUCAAUUUCACCAAGGUGAAACCAAGAGAAUUACUUUUCUCCCUUUGCAUGGAGGUAGUCAAAUAUGUGGGUUCUCGUUUUAUUAAUUCAGGGUACGGAAACUCAAACGGGAGUAGUUCUGACGAAUGUGAGUCCAUUCACCUUUGGACAUUCGCUCUUGGUACCUGACCCGCCAAAGUUGUUUAACCAAGUACUUGCAUAUUUCUGCUAUAUGAAUCUGAAUUUGCCGUCAACAAGGUUAUUCGUAGGCAAUCCCUGGAGUUGGCCUUGGGCUCACUGCUGCAUUCCGCUGACAAGUAAGUCCACCUUGUUCUGAACAUUCGUUCAACACAUUGAGCCAGCAUGUAGCCCGCCGUUGUUUUGAUUUAGCGUGAUUUAUUCCGCAUACGUAACGUUCGAUUGGGUCGACUUUUAUGCCUCCAAACCUCAUCGUCUAAUCGGUAGCCCGGCACCCGUCCGGUAGGGUCCUGCUCUAGGGCCACGCACACUCUGAAAUCUGCAAAUGACUACGACAAAGGCGUUUGUAGCAUCACUGAUGAGGCUUAUGCCGCGGUAGUUCUCGUAAUUUGUUUCAUCUCCCCUCUUGACGACAGGCGCAAGGAUGGCCGAUACCACUUAUCUGUCCAUGCAUGCCCAUGGAGGCAGGACGCCAGAGUAUUGAAUCAAGGUUUACAGACAUCAGCCGGAACACCGUCUUCUCUAGACUCCUUAUUGUUGUGCGGCCUCAGUAUCGCAUCCAUGAUUUCGCUGCAUGAAUGGGAAUCACACAUCACGACGUAGACUGCAGAGGGGUACGACUCUUCUGCGGAGAAGAGCACGAAACUGUAAGCGUUCGAAAAGCUCUGACUGGAGCACUGUAUCAACUACUCCGUUUCCUUCCACAUACAUAGACUGGCCCACUUCCACACCCGCCUGCAUCACAGUAAUCAAUUGUUUCUGUGCACUUCUGACUAAUAAGUCGCGCUCGAAAAUGACUUCCCCCGUCUCCCAACCACAUGGUAGACCCAAUUUUUGGCGCUAGAUAUCAGUCAACUGUGAGUACACUGUUGUUGCUGUUCUUGGUAGGUAGAAAAUUACCCCUCCGCGUCACCGGACCUCGGCAAGUCCGACAAGAGUGCACAAGCCAUAUUCCGGUCAGUCUUGACUCGCCGGAUAAUGGUUAUGUGAUGCGGCCAAAAGGAGGCUUAGCUUCGUGUACUUCCUGGGCCCAAAGUACGAAGGCUUCAAUCGCCCUUCUAACACACCCGUCUAAGAUUCUCUGGUUGAACCAGACGGUAGAUGAACCCCUAAUGGAUGAUGAGCAACAUUCGCUGUAGCUUGAUCCUUUUACGGGUAUCGGAUUUGCAAGAUCAGUGUUCAAUCACACCCGUAGAUGUUAUAGCCGUUGAAUGACCUGCGACUGGUCUUCUCAUCUUGUAAGCCUCCGUUGGGGGCUACUCUACUAUCCACCGUCUGUAAACGCGUCAGGCAGGCCCGCCGCUAGGCUACCUUCUCUUCGUAUCGUACCCUAGAAGGGAGGAAGAAAGUAAGCACCCGGGAGGGCCGGAGUGUCCUUAUUUUUGGUCAUACUUCACAUGUUUGCCCAUUCAAAGAGGAAACUAAUAUUUCGGCUACUUUUGCGUCCUGCUAGUGUGGCCAUCUUACUUUGGUGUUAUUCACUGGCUUCUUCUCCAGCCUCCUUUGCCUGGGUUUCAACAGCCUCCUGGCUCAUGCCUCAGUGAAUCACCUGCACUAUCACCUCUGGUAUUCAAUGGCCCCACUGCACUCUGCUACCUGCGUAUGUUCUUUCUCCCUGCCUUUUCACUUAUUACAUUCAGCCACUGAGAACAAAGCCGGCCCUUCCAGCCUUCAUGGAGUUGCAGCAGCAUUGCGUUGACAACUUUGUUUUCGAAUUCCCAUCCCUUUCCGACUACAAGGAAACUUUGGAGUAAGCACAGUGCACUGUUUCAGGGUCAUAUAACACAUAUAGUGUCCUCAUUGUUGCCUUAAUUGUUCAUCGGAAACCUAGAGACGUCUCUAGGCAUUUUAAAACUCGUUUUUCUGGCAGCCUUAUAUUUUUGUCAGGAUUACUUGACAUGUAGAUAAAGGUGUCUGUGCCUCCCGCUCCCAAUAACAGGGAUCUCGUCAGUAUCGGCCCCGAUCUUACUGACUGACGAAGUACAGUUAGAGACCACUCUCGUGAAAUGUUGGUCGAACUUUUCAAAUGCAUUCUCGACUAAGAAGGAUUGCUUAAGUGGGCUUGUAAUGCUGAUUAUCAUGCAGAAUAAUCCCAAUAUAUUUUAGUCACGCCACUGCCGGAUUUCGAAUGCACUCCUUUUUGGCCGCCCGCAAAAAACAUGCACCACUCCUACUUACUUUGUUCAAAAUCACGUCCUCACAUUUCACGCGCUAAAAAGAUACAUUUAGUUUUUAAAAGGGGUUUUCAAUUCCCCGAUAAUUUUAAGCCUGGUUUGCGUUUUGGGUCUCCAAUCUACUUUCCAUGUAGAGGAAAUUAUAAAUUACUCUCUGCCAUUCAGAAGAUGCAAUAUAAGGCUCAUAACAUUCUGCAGUGGAUGGUGGCUAUGUUUUUUACUUUAUAAGGAGCAUUAACAGACAGAUAUGGUAAUACUUGAAUGGACAUUUCACUGUCUGAAAAAACUGCAAACUUCUUUGAACCGAAAGAUACCCCUUGAUUCAUGUGUAGAACUUGAAGUAGAUGUAAUUUGCUACCAAGUGAUCGUAAAAAUAUUUGUGUGCAUGUUUUCCACAAAAUAUAUUUGAAUUUAUAAGGACAUCGAAAAUCGCUGUGGAAAUUUUGUACUACUUAAGUUGUCGCCUUUUUAUCGAGUGCGAUCGUUGCAGGCGGCUGAAAAGAAGCCCAUUCAAAAGUUGGCAUCCCGAUGCGAUUAGAACAUAUUGGAGUUAUGCUGCCUGGUGAUCAAUGUUAUAACGUCAUUUAAGUAAUCCUUCCUAAUCAGAAAUGCAUUUCAGGAUUUGGUUAACAUUUAAUGAUAUUGGUCACUGACUGUAAGGGAAAUCAACUUUUCAGUGAGGAUUUCUUUUGUGCUCCUCUGCCUUUAGGACACGGGAGCAGGGACGCUCUCCCUCCCCCCGCCUUCUCCAGUAGUACAGGUGGCCUCACGCUAAAUUCCAGGAUAGAUGCCCAUUCCUGUGCCCUAAUAAUAACCAUAACGUGAGCUCCAGACCUAGUCUUAGCACCAACCUUCACCCCACUAAUAAUUUCACUGGAAGUUCCCGUAAAACCCCUUGUGUUACGGGACGUUCCUAUUCCCGUUUUCUCCGGAGGAGGGGGAGCGCGUUAAAGCGGACAUAUAAGAAAUCAUUACCACCCUUCGUUUGUAGGUAUCCGUCGUUGCCUUCUGUUCUAUCGUGUUUUGUCUGCAGUGUUUAUCCUUAAGAGCACAUUCAUCGAUGUCGCUGCCGGCUCCACCGCUCUUUAGCACUCUUCGAUGCCCGAGUUAGCCACUCCAUCCUUCUUACCGUCUUCCUUUAACAUUGAUUAUGGACUAGCUCGGUUGGGAGGCCGUGAAGACAUCCUGUAGCUAGUUUUAAGACACGAUUUCUCUAGCUAAGGCUGUCCACCGGUUAAUCUGCGGCCAUCUGGCUAGCUACGAGAUACAUGACUGCAGACUUCAUUAUUACUGUCAAAGACCUCCACGCUAUACAACUUACUACGUCGCGAGGUUGGCACAGCUGGACAUCCGUAGGGCACAUCUACAGUUCUAGGCGCGAGAUAUAAUUCUCCAGUAACCAAAGAGCUUCUAAAACUUUGAGGGACUCGAUGUUAAACAUAAUCCCGUCAACCGAAUCUGUGGCAUCUUGAGGACCCUAAGGACCACAGUUUUGUGCACUCAACUGAAAUAGUGUUCAGAAAUGUACCGUAGUAUCUGGCGUAGCAUGCGCAUUCAUGCUUCGGAUGGUAACUCUCCACAUGAUUUAUGUCGAAGUAAAGAGUCGCAUCAGUUGCAGUGCGUGCCCACUGGCUGGCGAACGGUAGCCAGCCCAACCUUGAGACCUUAUUACUCUUUCAGUCUGUUCAUAGUGUAGACGCAUGCUGGUGUAUCUGAUUCAGCCUCCCCCAGAACCCACGGCGCCGCAAUACUUGAACGUCUGGCUGACCACUGAUCUAAAGGCAUAGGAUCAGGGAGGCUUUUAAGUAAUUAUAUGUGCAUUAGCAGUCAGUCAAUUUUGGACGUUUGUGAUAAUGCCAUAAUUGUCCAUUUUCGUACUAUUCAUUCACGGUUAGGUAAUUGCCAUCGUCCUAUUCAACGAUUUAAUUUUUCCUCUAUCGACGGUGUCCUUUUACCGUACCGAUCGGUCUUUCUUGAGUGCACAUUCGAGCCUCAGUAAACUGAAUGGAGUCCUCCAUGGAAGUGGUCAAUUGCGUGGACCUUGUGGUGCCCUCUGGGAGAGCCUGCUUAAUCGCUGCCAUAGACAUAUGACAGUGGUCUGAGACAGAUCAAUGGCCACGCCAUAUUAGGGCUAGAAAACGACCAUACAGUCUAUUCAUUUCUCUAGUUACAUUAUACCCAACCGAAGAGUCCCGGCGUCCUUAAAAAAGUCGGUUCUAUCCUGUUUUUUUUCUCCAGACAGCUCUGGCAAGUCAUUGACGCCUGCCAACGACUGAAGAUUGCCCACAACCUCUUCGCUGCGCGCAAUAGCCACGGAAUUCUUCGGGUGGUCCUAUGGCCUCGCCGUUCAGUGUUUGAACCCAAGGCCAUAGGUCCUGUCCCCGGCGCCGUCGCCUCCAGAGGUUACAAUGUUGCUGUGGCUGAACUGGCUGGGAUGAUGGUUGUGGCUGACGAGGCAACGUGUGCCACUCUGAGAGAGAGGGGUGCGCUUGAGGACAUAUUGAUGAACGAGCGUCUGCCGGAUGUAGAACUGGCUGAACUCCACUCACUCCUCUCACAAAAAUCCUGA